GGUGGUUUAUUUGUAUUGUUUGGUUAUCAAGCGUCCAGCGUAGUCGAAAGCGUACUAUCUCGGCCGCAUUCCUCGAGUCGACCGUUGCCGUUCAUUCGCUCGCAUCGCAGUUUGAAUUUGGCGCGCGAACAGUAGCCGUCUCCCGCGCCAUUAACUUGACAGCCACAGUGGAACUCGCCCUGCGGACUGCCGCCCGUGCGAUGCCCAAAACUUUUAGCUUUAUUUUGUUUUUAUUUAAUUCAGUGGUUCUACCGGACUGGUUUUUAUUAAACACGAAGAGACUUUAGUACUUCUAAGUGUAGUUUAAGUGAACAAACAGUGAUCUAAUGGAAUAAACAGUGCUUGAUAGUAACGGACGCUGCACCCACGCCGGUCGUCGUAAGUUUAUAGUACGGCGUACUACGAUAUUUAUGAUGUUCGAAGAGAGAAAAGUUAAUAUCGAGGGUGUACCCUUGAACUCGGCGUCAGCAGGUGCGGCAAACAUAUUUCUGAAUUCUGGCAAAAAUACUAAAGCGAAAUCCGAUGGGACUGUCAUUCAUCUUAACACAGAAAAACCAGCGGAGGUCGGCGUACAUAUAAACACGACACUAUCAAUAGCGUCUUCUAAGAAAAUAAAGCUGCUAUUCAUACUGAACUUUUUGUUGAGUGUGCUGUGUAUGGUAAUAAGUAGUUCCAUAGCAUUUUACUACUGGAAUGAGAUGAUUUCAAUGCGAAGACAACUGGAGACUAUGAGAGAUCAGUUUGUAUAUCAAAGUGUGAGGGAUGGACAUCAAAAUAAUUUUCAGCAGAGUGCAUUAACCUCCGUGAGGUCUUAUAAACCAGAGAGGGAACCUCGGAUGGACUCUAAUGUAGAUGAGUCUAAACCUAGAAGAUAUUAUGUUGAAGACUUGGGUGAAGAUAUGUUAUUAGUAGACUCAAGCAAGAAGGCAGACAAAAAAGACAAGACUGAUGUGCCUGUGUUAGGCUUACCAAUAUUCCAAAAAGAACUUCUAGUCGCUCAAUUUAAUGGUGCUAUGAGUGAAACCCACUUGGGAUCAAAAUCAAUAAUUGGUCCGUGGGAGCGUGACGUGAACGUGUCGUCCAAAGACAGCGAGUCCAAGAUAGAGCUGCACCCGGACAAAGACUACGUCACGAUCAAAGAAAGUGGCCUUUAUUUAGUCUAUGCUCAAAUAGUGUACUUAUCCCGAGCCCCGAACUGCUACUUCGUGUGGGCGCGGCAGUCGUCGCGGCCGCGGCUGCUGUCCACGUGCGCCACGGGCGACAACGCGUCCAACAGGAACCCGCGCGAGGCGCAGAUGUCGUGCGCCGUGCAGACGCUGGCGCGCUUCGCGGCCGGCGACACCGUCAACCUGGCGCAGCGCGAGCCGCACCAGAUCCUGUGGCUGCGGCCCGGGAACUCCUACUUCGGGUUCGUCAAACUUAGUUCCUAAUGUGGCUGUGAAUGUGAUAGUGUUGGGGCGGCGCAGGCCCCGCGUGUGAUAAAAUUUUUGAAUUCUGAUAGACAUGAAUAAUUGCAUAAUGAGUUAUAUUAAAAAUACUUAUGUAUGUGCGAAGGAGCUGACAAGGUAACGUUAUAACUCAAAUAUUUAAUGUGAAUUUGAGUCAGUCAUGCCGAUAACACAUAUUGGGCCAACGUAGGCCUAUGUAAGGGAAGCAAUAAUACGUUAGAGGGAGCAAGCAAUAUUUCCUUCAACCUACGAUGGCCCAAUAUGGAUUUGGCGUUACGUCCGUGGGCCACCGACUAAAAUCUCACCGUGAAACAGUUUUCAGUAGCGUAUUUGCUCGAACCAUGUAUACAAAUUUUUGUUUGGAUUUACAGGAAUCAGUGGCAACGCCAUCUUGUGGAAUUAUCAUAAUAUGUCUUUACAGGACUUAUAAUGAUGAUUUACUGCACUAAUGCGGUAAUUAACACUUUACGUGCCUAUGUUCUAAAUAUAAAAGGCCAUAUGUACUGUAAUAGGUUGAACGAGACACGUGCGAAUAGAUUCGCAACUUGUGUCGAUUAAUUUAUCGCCACUCGUUGCGAAUUUCCUACUUUUCGCACUUAUAGUAAAGUACUGUAAUAGUUUCUUCAUAGAUUUACUAAGAGUAAGGUAUUUUGAGUUUUUCUUUUAAACAGUUUGAUCAUGAUUUCGAGUUUUCGACUGGAUGAGGAUUUUUUAAUGCAGAAUUGACAUAUUAAACGAAUUAUAAAUUUAACAGUUUACGACACGCGGGGCUGAACCGACAACAAGAUGUGUAAGGAAUGGUGCUAAAUAGUUUAGUAAACGUGAUAACGUCUCAGGACUUUAUUUAGUAUAAGAUAUGUAGAAUUGUAAGUAAAAUUCUCGACUCAAAUCGUGCUGAGUACGUGAGGCGAACAAAGUUUUCGAAAUGCUGUACAGUGUUGUAUAAAAUAAUAGUAAGUUGUAUUGUAAUCCUGCAGAAUGGUGUAGUUUAAGCGAUAUUGUUAAAAAAAUAUACAGAAGUUACAGGUGGC